UGCUACCAAGAGCAACUUCAUAUAUUUGACUCAUCCACACUGAGAGAUGGGUGGUCUGAGAACAGGAGCUAGAACUGGAAAGUUCUCCUGUGUUCUGAUACUGACUCCCCUCUGUGGCUUUGGGCAAGUCACUUAACUUCACUGACGCUCAGUUUUUGUGGGCUGGAUUCUAUCCUGUGUCAAGAUCUGUUAUGGGCAGGCACCAGAGAACUGGUUGCAGCUCCCUGGUUCCAUAUCCUGAGCCACCUAAGUACUGCUGUGAUCUGUGCCAGCUAGGAGAUGUCCCAAAAGGAUUGUCUGCCCUCUGAGGACUGCCAAGAGUGCCGUUUGUGUUCCUAACUCAUGUAUAUGUUUAGAAACCAAAGUUCAACUUUCCAGAGUCUUCAUGGGACUCAGAUGGGUAGUAUUCCACAUCACACUACUCUCAGUUUAUUGACUUAAUCAACUGUUUUGUAACUAAUGUUUUGUUGUAGGAAAUGGAGGAAAAAAACCUUCUUUGCUUACAGUCUGAGCAACAAUUGCAAAAAAUCCAGCAGCUGGAAGCAGAACUAAAAACAGCCAGAGACUUCCUGAAGGAGAGCCAGAAUUACGCUGAAGAGAUGAAAAAGAAGACUUUAUCUCAGGAAAUAGAAUUGAAAGAGAAACAAGCUGAGAUUACCCAUCUGCAGCUGUCUGCAGCUGAGUUGGCUUCUUUAAAAAAGGAAAUGAUUAACAUCAAGGCUCAGCAAAAGACACUGAAAGAGCAACUUAAUAUCACACUUCACGAAAAUGAGCAACUGAGCAAGGUAAUAAAAAGAAAGAAUGAAUCAGUAGCACGUUACUUAGUUCAUGACAGGGAAAAAGGAAACUAUUUAAAAUGAU